AUGGAAGUGCCCCUUUCCGGGUACAAGCUCAUGAAGGUUGCUGUGGAUGGUGCGCUGUACCUACGGAAGGUGGACCUCUCCGCGCACAACUGGUACGUGGCCCUGCUCCAUGCGCUCCAUGGCAUGUUCACCUCCAGUCUCGCCAUCCGCAGCGCCGGUGCCGAUGGGGUGAACAGGCUCGUGAACUCCGCCACCGACGCCAAGUACAUCCCCAACUAUGAGGACAAGGACAAGGAUGACGACUGGAUGCUUGUCGGAGACGUCCCCAUCCCCAUCAAGAUGUUCGUGGACUCGUGCAAGCGGAUCCGUCUCAUGAAGAGCUCUGAGGCCGUCAACCUAUCUCCAAGGACGUCAUCCCAAUGUAUGAAUCAAUUCACAAAGUGUGCAAUGGAAGAUGAUUGGCUGAUCAGUUAGGUGUAUGGUGAUUGCUGUGAAAAAUCUGAAACCAAUUGGGAAGCUGUGUGAUUGGGGCAGCUUGGACAUUUUUAUCCACCGAAGAAAAUGGUGCAUAGACUGAACCCAAAGUAGAAUUGUUAGAGGGCUAUCUUAACAGAGCUCAUCUGCUGCUCAUCCAGGAACUGAGCUUGCAGUUCAUCUUGCUCCCAUUUCGUCCUCAAUGUAAUUAGAACUCCCAAAAUUUUGUUAAGAAAUGGUAUUGUUAGAGGGCUAUCUUAACAGAGGUGCUGAAUAAGUUCUAUCAGCUUAGAAGCACAAAUACCACAUGUUUUCUCUGAACAUGCUGGCUACAAUUUUUCUGAAUAUAUUGUUAUAUGAAUAUUCUUGUGGCCAAAAAUUCAGACCUAGGAUUGGGUUGUUGACAUGAAUAUUUGUUCUUGCACUCCAGAGAUGUUGCGAACUUCAAUGACU